GAUCUUCUACCGGCAUUUGCAAGUAUGUUUAAUGAGCAAGAAGAAACUUAGAUUAUAAUGUACGGAAGAAUUUUGAUUUUAAUAAGCGUUUUUGCAUCGGCUAAAACAGACACAGGUAGUGCUGAAGCUAAGAAAGAACUUGUCUACUUCUGGGGACCAAAUCCCCUGAAACAUUGUUCUAAAAACCAGCUAGCGUUUCUUCGUGUUUUCCCGGAUAAAAAUGUCCAAAUUCAUAGUGUCGACCAUAACCUGGGGAACCACUCAGAGGCUCUGCUUGAAAUAAGGCAGAAACACAUAUCGGGAACAACUCACGGAUUUGCUGAAAUACCGAGGAUUAAGGACUACGAAAACCUUCAGCUAGAGCACCCUUUCAAUUGUGUUGAAAUGAGUAUCGAUAGCAAUAUCAGCUACAAUACUGCCCGGGCCGUUUCACCCUCUUACUGGAGAAAUAACUACACCUUUAUCAACGUCUCAGGCAUACAUACAACUGAGAUGGAAAGUACUGGGUACUCAAAAGUCACUGGUAAUCUUUCGUUAAUAAACACUACAGCUAACAUAUCAGCGUGCCCGAGAGGGACGGAGAAGAUGGAAGACACACAAUUCAAUAUAAUGUUAAAUGAAAUGUUAGAUGAUAUGUUUACCUUUCAACUACAAGACCUGUUAUUUUAUGGGUUUUUUUGUGUGUUGUUUUCUGUUCACAUUUAUCGUACCAACAACGCCAGACGUGUGGUUGCAUCUAGGGAAUGCCGAAAAGGAUAAGGAACGGAGCAUGAAGUGAAUUUGGUCAGUUAUUUUCUCACAAAAUAUGAACAAUCAAGGUGAAAAUAUAUAUAAUUUUGUUUUUGUCGUAGAAAUUGUAGAAUGAUUUUGUUUUAAAUAUAUUGGCAUUAUAUGAAAUAUAUUUUCGUUGCUAUUUAUUAUUACAUUUCUGA